GCCGUGCCGUGCCGUGCCUGUCUGCCGGCGGGAUGGAGGAGCUCUACAGCAAGGCGGAGACCCUCGCCCUUCGGAGAAAACACAUCGGGCCUUCCUGCAAAGUUUUCUAUGCCAAGGACCCUCUGAAGAUAGUCCGUGCUCAGGGCCAAUAUAUGUUUGAUGAGAAAGGAGAAAAAUACUUAGACUGCAUCAACAACGUUGCACAUGUGGGCCACAGCCAUCCAUACGUGAUAAAGGCUGCAACAAAACAGAUGGAGCUGCUCAACACAAACUCUCGCUUCCUGCAUGACAACCUUGUUCAGUAUGCACAGCGACUCACAGCCACCCUGCCUGAGAAACUCUCUGUUUGCUAUUUUGUUAACUCUGGGUCUGAAGCAAAUGAUCUUGCUCUGCGACUGGCUCGGCAGUUCCGCGGGCACCAAGAUGUGAUCACCCUGGAAAAUGCUUACCAUGGCCAUGUUACAUCUCUGAUCGACAUCAGCCCCUAUAAAUUUAAUCAGCUGGGAAAGGACAGCAAGAAGGAGUAUGUGCAUGUGGCUCCUUCUCCAGAUAUCUACAGAGGGAAAUACAGGGAAGACCACCCAGAUCCAGCAAGUGCUUAUGCUGAAGAGGUGAAAAAGAUUAUUGAAGAAACUCAGAAGAAUGGACGCAAGAUUGCUGCCUUCAUAGCUGAAUCCAUGCAGAGCUGUGGAGGCCAAGUAAUUCCACCUGUGGGCUAUUUCCAGAAAGUGGCAGAGUAUGUGCGUGCAGCAGGUGGAGUGUUCAUAGCUGAUGAGGUCCAGGUUGGCUUUGGCAGAGUUGGAAAGCAUUUUUGGGCAUUCCAGCUGCAAGGUGAAGACUUUGUGCCCGACAUUGUCACCAUGGGAAAGCCCAUUGGCAACGGACACCCCAUGUCUUGUGUGGUCACAACAAGGGAAAUUGCUGAAGGUUUUGGUGCUUCUGGACUGGAGUAUUUCAAUACAUUUGGAGGCAAUCCAGUGUCUUGUGCCAUUGGCUUGGCUGUGCUGGAUGUAAUAGAGAAAGAAGGUCUCCAAGGGAAUGCCACAACUGUAGGAAAUUAUCUCCUGGAGUUGCUGGCUGAGCAAAAGGAGAAGCAUCCCUUAGUGGGAGAUAUCAGGGGUGUUGGAUUGUUUGUUGGAGUGGAUCUGGUGAAAGAUAAGCAGAAGCGAACACCAGCCACGGCUGAAGCUCUUCAUCUUAUUUACAAACUCAAAGAGCAUCAAAUCCUUCUUAGUGCAGAUGGACCCUACAGGAAUAUUUUAAAAUUUAAACCACCAAUGUGUUUCACAAUGGAAGAUGCAAAGCAUGCAGUGGAGACACUUGAUGCACUUCUUACAGAACUGGAAGAGGCCACUGGAAUGAAGACAGAAAAUAAUGCAUCUACAAAUGUGCAGUGUAAAAGAAAAACAACUGAAGAGAGUUCUCAGCCAGAAGGUGCCAGUGAAAGCAUUGGCCACAUGAAUGGAGCUGCCUGCCGACAAGAAAAUGGGAUUUAUUCGAAAAAACGCUCAGUGCCAAGUAAAAGAAUAAGAACAUGAAGAGGGACAGCUUCUUCACUCACUUUGAAUUUGUGUCCGUCUUGCUUUUGAGAUGAAGAGUGCAAUAGUCCGAGUCCUAGGAUCUGUUUGAAGCCUAGUCAUGCCUUUCAUAAACUGGCUGGAUUCCUAUUAGCUUCAGUAGGUUUAAAAUACCUUUUCAGAUACGUGAGAACUGUGCCAUGUGGUUUGAAAUCUAGAUGCGACA